GUUAAGCUACAAACAGUGCAAACACAACACAAAGUUCUCCUCACUAGGGGAUAAAUAUCUUGAUAGCAUUGCAAAUCUCACACAAAGACAGGCAUUUAUCACAAGCAUGGCAGCUCCAGCUAUCGGCAUCGACCUGGGCACCACGUAUUCGUGCGUGGGCGUGUUCCAGCACGGCAAGGUCGAGAUCAUCGCCAACGACCAGGGCAACAGGACCACGCCCUCCUACGUCGCCUUCACCGACACAGAGAGACUCAUUGGAGACGCCGCCAAGAAUCAGGUGGCCAUGAAUCCGAGCAACACAGUGUUCGAUGCUAAACGUCUGAUCGGUCGGAAGUUCGACGAUGCAACUGUUCAGAAUGACAUGAAGCACUGGCCUUUCACUGUGAUCAGCGACGGCGGUAAACCAAAGUUGAGAGUGGAAUUCAAGGGAGAAAGCAAAACUUUCAAUCCUGAGGAGAUCUCUUCCAUGGUGCUGAUCAAGAUGAAGGAGACAGCCGAAGCCUACAUGGGGAACAGUGUGAAGGACGCCGUGAUCACGGUCCCCGCCUACUUCAACGACUCCCAGCGACAAGCUACAAAAGAUGCUGGAGCCAUCGCGGGCAUCAACGUUCUUAGGAUCAUCAAUGAACCCACAGCCGCCGCCAUUGCUUAUGGACUGGACAAGAAAAGCGUAGGAAAAGGAGAGCGAAACGUGUUGAUCUUCGACCUGGGAGGCGGAACCUUCGACGUGUCCAUCCUCAGCAUCGACGAGGGAGUGUUCGAGGUCAAGGCAACAGCCGGCGACACGCAUUUGGGAGGCGAAGACUUUGAUAACAGAAUGGUUAGUCACUUCACUCAAGAGUUUCGCAGGAAGUUCAAGAAGGAUCUCACUACCAAUAAACGUGCACUUCGACGUCUUCGAACCGCUUGUGAACGAGCCAAGCGAACUCUGUCUUCGUCCACACAAGCCAGUCUGGAAAUUGAUUCUCUGUUCGAAGGCAUUGACUUUUACACUUCCAUCACCCGUGCAAGAUUUGAAGAGCUUUGUUCUGACCUUUUCCGAGGAACUCUAGAUCCCGUGGAGAAAGCUCUACGAGAUGCCAAGUUAGACAAGACAAGCAUCCACGAAAUCGUGUUGGUAGGCGGAUCCACACGUAUCCCCAAAGUACAAAAACUACUUCAAGAUUUCUUCAAUGGAAAGGAACUGAACAAGUCCAUCAACCCAGAUGAAGCUGUUGCUUACGGUGCCGCAGUUCAAGCAGCUAUUUUACGUGGUGAUCAGUCCGAGACUGUGAAAGACAUGUUACUUCUUGAUGUGACUCCACUUUCAAUGGGUCUUGAGACAGCUGGAGGAGUCAUGACAGUGCUUAUCAAGCGUAACACCACAAUUCCCACCAAACAUUCUCAGAUCUUCACUACAUAUUCUGAUAAUCAACCAGGUGUUCUUAUUCAGGUAUACGAAGGCGAACGAGCCAUGACUAAGGAUAACAAUUUGUUGGGCAAGUUUGAACUGAGUGGCAUUCCUCCAGCUCCUCGUGGAGUGCCACAGAUCGAAGUCACUUUCGACGUGGACGCCAAUGGUAUCCUCAACGUAACAGCGGUAGACAAGUCCACAGGGAAGGAGAACAAGAUCACCAUCACCAAUGACAAGGGUCGUCUCAGCAAAGAGGAAAUCGAGAGAAUGGUCAACGAGGCAGAAUCGUAUCGGGAACAAGACGCUAAACAACGAGAUCGCAUUGAAGCCAAGAACCGACUAGAGUCACUUUGUUUCAGCGUCAAGUCAUCUGUAAAUGAACCUUCAGUGUGUGACAAGGUGUCUCCCGAUGAAAAGCGCCGUGUGGAAGACAAGGCAGACGAAACGUUGAGGUGGCUGGACGCCAAUCAGUUGGCAGAGAAGGAAGAAUACGAGUACAAGAUAAAGGAAUUGGAAGAGGUGUGGCGACCAAUAGCGAGUAAAAUCCAUGGAUCAGCUGGAUCCCCUGGAUACAGUGGCUCCUCAGGAAACGGUCCCACUGUGGAAGAAGUUGACUGGAAUUCAUGCAAAAUAGGAGGCAUUGAAAUAUCUGAAAGCCUCAUGGAACCCAGUCUGUGUAUGCCUACAAGAGAUUAUGAGAAGGGAAAAUUGUUAGAUUUCCCUGAGAACAUUCAAGCCCAUUUUAGGACCGUUUAUAAUGGACCUCAUGGAAGAAUGAUUUAUCAACCCUCGAGGAAGAGUCUUGGAAGCCUUGUUCUCAAGAGGAGAGGCAGUUUUCUGAACUGUGACACUACCAGACAUUUCCAAAUUUCUUUUCCAAUAUACCCGUCACUUCAGUUGGAAUUCAUUGUCAGAUGGAAUCAGUCCUUCGCGAAUGAUCCCGUGGCUUCCACAGAAAACGGACGCUUAUAUAUUGGUGGUCGCAGCGGGAACUCCUCAGAACAGUUAAGCUACAAACAGUGCAAACACAACACAAAGUUCUCCUCACUAGGGGAUAAAUAUCUUGAUAGCAUUGCAAAUCUCACACAAAGACAGGCAUUUAUCACAAGCAUGGCAGCUCCAGCUAUCGGCAUCGACCUGGGCACCACGUAUUCGUGCGUGGGCGUGUUCCAGCACGGCAAGGUCGAGAUCAUCGCCAACGACCAGGGCAACAGGACCACGCCCUCCUACGUCGCCUUCACCGACACAGAGAGACUCAUUGGAGACGCCGCCAAGAAUCAGGUGGCCAUGAAUCCGAGCAACACAGUGUUCGAUGCUAAACGUCUGAUCGGUCGGAAGUUCGACGAUGCAACUGUUCAGAAUGACAUGAAGCACUGGCCUUUCACUGUGAUCAGCGACGGCGGUAAACCAAAGUUGAGAGUGGAAUUCAAGGGAGAAAGCAAAACUUUCAAUCCUGAGGAGAUCUCUUCCAUGGUGCUGAUCAAGAUGAAGGAGACAGCCGAAGCCUACAUGGGGAACAGUGUGAAGGACGCCGUGAUCACGGUCCCCGCCUACUUCAACGACUCCCAGCGACAAGCUACAAAAGAUGCUGGAGCCAUCGCGGGCAUCAACGUUCUUAGGAUCAUCAAUGAACCCACAGCCGCCGCCAUUGCUUAUGGACUGGACAAGAAAAGCGUAGGAAAAGGAGAGCGAAACGUGUUGAUCUUCGACCUGGGAGGCGGAACCUUCGACGUGUCCAUCCUCAGCAUCGACGAGGGAGUGUUCGAGGUCAAGGCAACAGCCGGCGACACGCAUUUGGGAGGCGAAGACUUUGAUAACAGAAUGGUUAGUCACUUCACUCAAGAGUUUCGCAGGAAGUUCAAGAAGGAUCUCACUACCAAUAAACGUGCACUUCGACGUCUUCGAACCGCUUGUGAACGAGCCAAGCGAACUCUGUCUUCGUCCACACAAGCCAGUCUGGAAAUUGAUUCUCUGUUCGAAGGCAUUGACUUUUACACUUCCAUCACCCGUGCAAGAUUUGAAGAGCUUUGUUCUGACCUUUUCCGAGGAACUCUAGAUCCCGUGGAGAAAGCUCUACGAGAUGCCAAGUUAGACAAGACAAGCAUCCACGAAAUCGUGUUGGUAGGCGGAUCCACACGUAUCCCCAAAGUACAAAAACUACUUCAAGAUUUCUUCAAUGGAAAGGAACUGAACAAGUCCAUCAACCCAGAUGAAGCUGUUGCUUACGGUGCCGCAGUUCAAGCAGCUAUUUUACGUGGUGAUCAGUCCGAGACUGUGAAAGACAUGUUACUUCUUGAUGUGACUCCACUUUCAAUGGGUCUUGAGACAGCUGGAGGAGUCAUGACAGUGCUUAUCAAGCGUAACACCACAAUUCCCACCAAACAUUCUCAGACCUUCACUACAUAUUCUGACAAUCAACCAGGUGUUCUCAUUCAGGUAUACGAAGGCGAACGAGCCAUGACUAAGGAUAACAAUUUGUUGGGCAAGUUUGAACUGAGUGGCAUUCCUCCAGCUCCUCGUGGAGUGCCACAGAUCGAAGUCACUUUCGACGUGGACGCCAAUGGUAUCCUCAACGUAACAGCGGUAGACAAGUCCACAGGGAAGGAGAACAAGAUCACCAUCACCAAUGACAAGGGUCGUCUCAGCAAAGAGGAAAUCGAGAGAAUGGUCAACGAAGCAGAAUCGUAUCGGGAACAAGACGCAAAACAACGAGAUCGCAUUGAAGCCAAGAACCGACUUGAGUCACUUUGUUUCAGUGUCAAAUCAUCCGUUAAUGAACCUUCAGUGUGUGACAAGGUGUCUCCCGAUGAAAAGCGCCGUGUGGAAGACAAGGCAGAUGAAACGUUGAGGUGGCUAGACGCCAAUCAGUUGGCAGAGAAGGAAGAAUACGAGUACAAGAUGAAGGAAUUGGAACAGGUGUGGCGGCCAAUAGCGAGUAAAAUCCAUGGAUCAGCUGGAUCCCCUGGAUACAGUGGCUCCUCAGGAAACGGUCCCACUGUAGAAGAAGUUGACUAAGAAUUCUUAGUUUUAUUCAUAGUAUAAAUACCAAUGUUCUUGUGUGUAAUUAUACAUCGAAUUACAUAACUGAUAUGAAUUAUAUGUAUUAUAUUAUGUAUAUUUUUUAUAUUAAACUCUAUUUACAAAUUUGGUGUCCUUGAAUCUUUGAACACAAGCCCGUCGGAAAAUUGAUUCUCUGUUCGAAGGCAAUGACUUCUACACUUCCAUCACCCAUGCAAGGUUUAAAGAGCUUUGUUCUGAUUUUUUCCGAGGAACUCUAGAACCCGUGGAGAAAGCUCUACGAGAUGUUAAGUUAGACAUGACAAGUAUCCACGAAAUCGUGUUGGUAGGCGGAUCCACACGCAUCCCAAAGUACAAAAACUACUUCAAGAUUUCUUCAGUGGAAAGGAACUGAACAAGUCCAUCAACCCAGAUGAAGUUGCUUACAGUGCCACAGUUAAGGCAACUUUUUUACGUGGUGAUCAAUCCGAGACUGUGAAAGACAUGUUUCUUCUUGAU